AUGGCAACGAACCACUCUGCCCGUCCCGUCGACUUUGCGCCUGGCACCGUUCGUCUCCUCGACUUUGACGACGCUGCUCCUGGGGACGCGGAACUCGUCCUUGUGCCCGCUCCUUCCAGUCACCCAGACGAUCCUCUCAACUGGUUCGGCCCGCGCAAAUGGCUCUCCCUCGCCUGCGUCGUCCUCUAUACCUUCUCGUCGGGUGCUCUUACGGCCGCACUCUACUCAAUUUAUCCUGACUACUCGGCCGCAACCGGCAUCGACAUCCCUACCCUCAACCAAGCCGUCGGCGUGAUGUUCCUACUCGUCGGCUUCGGCCCCAUGCUCACCACUCCCCUCUCCAACAUCAUCGGCAAACGCCCAAUCUACCUCGGCAGCCUCCUCUUGUCCGGCUCGAUCUCCAUCUGGUCAGUCUUCAUCAAGUCGACGCCGCAGUGGUACGGCCGCUGCGUCUUGCUCGGAAUCGCCGGCGGACCCGUCUUCGCUACGACUGAAGUUAGCGUCUCGGAUGUGUUCUUUGCACACGAGCGUGCACUUCCGAUGGGCAUCUACAUCAUCGCCCUCUACUUGGGCGCCCUUGCCGCGCCGCUCAUCGGCGCUUACCUCGCCGCAGCCUGGGACUACCGCGCCGUCUUCUACUUCUGCGCCAUCCUCAUCUACGGCACUCUCGCCUUCUGCUUCGUCUUCAUGGAGGAGACGAACUACGUCCGCCCUUCUCCUCUUGAGACUACCUCCGCCGGCGACGACAGCGACGACGACCACAAGCACGUCGACCCACACAAGAUCUCCGCCUCGUCGCACGUCGUCCAGGUCGACGCGAAGCGCAAGUCGUUCGUCAAGCGUAUGGCGCUGUUCGAGCGUCCUGGUCCGCACGCUUGGAAGAUCUUCAAGGUUGGGAUUCUUCAGCCUAUUGCAUUCCUUCGCCUGCCGAUCGUUUGGUGGUGCGCGGUCAUGUACGCCUUCGGGCAGGUUUGGUUCAACCUCAUGAACGCCCUCACUGCUUCGAUCCUCAUGGCUCCGCCGUACAACUUUUCAGUCAAGCAGGUCGGCCUGGCUUACCUCUCGCCGAUGAUCCUGACGAUUCCCAGCGUCAUCCUCUACGGCUGGGUCAACGACAAGUGGGCUCUCUGGAUGGCUAAGCGACGCGGCGGCAUCUCGGAACCCGAAGACAAGCUCUCCCUCCUCCUCCUCACGACCGCCAUCCCCCUCCCCGUCAGCCUCCUCAUGCUUGGCCUCCCGCCGACCUACGCCUGGCGCUGGCCAGCCUACGUUGUCGCCGGGAUGGGAAUGAGCGUCAUGUUCGGCAGCUUCUUGACCGCCUCGAGCAUCUACUACCUCUUCGACUGCUACCACACCUUCAGGCCGUACUCGUACGACUUGCCGACGAGCGACUCGCCGCAAAUCCUCGCCCUCCUCAUGCCGUCAAUGGCCAUCUCCUUCGGCUUUAACUACGCCGUCUCGCCCUGGACAGCCGGAAUCGGCCUCCGCAACUUUGGCAUCUCCGCCUGCUUCACGGCCUUCGGUUGCGCACUCCUCACCCUGCCCAUGCUGCGCUGGGGCAAGGCGCUCCGCAUCCGCGAUGCAGCCAUGUACUACGGUGAGGGCGGGUCAAAGGCUUGA